AUUAACUCAUAGGUAGUGUAGUUUUUUUCAAGUUUCUAGUAAGCCAUAAUAUAAUAUUUGUACGAAACAAUAGAUUUGUUCUCAUUGUACAGCGAAUAUAUUGUAAAAAUAAAACAGCCAUGGCAUAUUAUCAAAAGUCAAAUACGUUAUGCUCUCCUAUAUUUAUAAUUUUGAUAUUUUCGUUGGCUUGUUCGUGGAUAUCACCCGCAGUAGAAAACGCAAGAAUAUUGGCUGUAGAAACUGAGUAUGCCCAGAGUCAUUGGAAUUUCAUGAGUUUUGUACUUCGUGAGUUGUCGAACACCGGUCAUCACGUUACGGUAUUUACACCGUUUCCCGAUGGCGGUAAUCGGGAUAAUUACACGGAAGUGGAUACGUCUAAAGAAUUUCCAUCCGUGUUAGAGAUGGACUUGGUUGAAACAUUAUCCCUUUGGAGAAAACCGACAGCGAUGGUUAAAAAUGCGAUAAAGAGCGCUAGACAAUUUUGUGACAUAUUAUAUGAUAACGCUCAGAUGAAGAAAAUAAUGGAAAAUCACAAAAAUCAUAUGUUCGAUUUAGUUAUUAUAGAAACUCACGGUGUAAAUUGUGUGUCGUAUUUGGCGACCAAGUUAAAUUUGCCAAUGAUUUAUAUAAUUCCAUCACCAAUGAUAACAUAUGCGGAACGCUUUUUCCACGGACACAUCCCAAAUCCAGCAACUAUUUCCAGUUUAUGUUAUGGACAUGCUUUUCCUAAGACAUUCUACCAACGAUUAGAAAACACUGUUCUAUCGGUAUACAGCCUUCUUUUUAUAAACUUUGAUGAAUGGAUAAUUAAGUUCAUAAAUCAGAAACCGCAUCAUUCAAUCACCCGUUAUUAUCAACCUUCAUUGAUAUUCGUAAAUAGUCAUUACAUAACUGAAGCUUCAAGACCAUUUCCACCAUCCGUUGUCCAAAUCGGCGGAAUUCAUUUAAAACCCGUUAAAAAUAUGUCGAAGGUUAGUACCAUACAUUGUGAAUUUAUGAGAUAUUUUUUUACACGGUUUCUCAAUAACUGAAUCAUUCGCGAUUUGGUUUGAUUAUAAUAUUAGUUUUGGGACUACAAUAGUAGUAACAAUUAUGUUCAAGUUCACAAAGCCAUUAAAAGUGCGAGUAUUCCUAAUUUAUCAGGUAUAAUAAACAUUAUAAAUAAAUAAUAUAACUUAUUAUGACAGUUUUAUUAAAUUGUUUAAAAUUGUAUUAAAUAUUUGUUGGUUUUAAAUUGAAAAAUUCAAAUUUUAAUUAGAUUUCGUAUGCAAAUAAAUUUUGGGUAGUGACGGACGAAGGCUUUAAGGUAGGACACUGUCGGGAAUUUAAUGUGCCUAUAUCUGUAAGUAACGAUAAACCAUUGCUAACGAAAAACCGAUUCUGAACGGAGUUUAGUCGAUAACGUUGCUUUGUUAACAAUAUAAUAUAUGGUAUAUGCCAUAUUUUGGUAAAAUCAUUACAACAAUGAUUGUUUGAAAAAGAUUAAAAUAAUAAAAACUUAAUAAUAACAAAAAAUAAAUAAAAAUGGUUGCUAAUGACAACCUUAUUUUUAAUCUUUCAACCUUUUUCAACCUAAAGAACUGGGUUUUUAUUUCCUUUCAGAAAUAGUUCUAUACUUGAUAAUCGGAAUAAACUUACUAGCAUAAAAAGUGUUUACAUAAAAAAAAAAAAAAAAUAAGCAUUAUUGUAAAACCAAUAAUCAUAACAAUGACACAAUGACAUAUACCUAUCACAUAAAUAUGACACUAAAUUAAAUUAGUAUAAAUUUAUUUUAGAUUUGAAUAAUUGGUAAUUUUUACAAGAAAUUAAACAUUUAUUUUACUAUAAUUUAAAUAUUAGGUAGGUACCUAGGUACUUACUACAUAUAACCAUAAAGGUUAUACUAUUAUACACGUAUGAAACUUGUAUUAUUUUGAUGUUAAAAUCUUUCAAAAAAAUGUCUGUUAAGUGCCAUUGUAAAAGCCUGUUGUUAUCGCAUAUUAAAUAAAUUAUUAAUAUAAAUAUUUAACUCAUAUCACAUUUUUUUUUUUUCAUAAUUACUAUUUAGCAUAAUUAUGUUGUUUUCACUUAAAUUAAAGUUAUUUAAACACGAUUUUAUUUCAGGAUAUAUUAGAAUUUAUUGAAAAUUCACCGCAUGGAGUGGUUUUAUUUGCAUUUGGUGCAACUAUUAAAAUAUCCGCAAUACCGGAAGACACUAUGAAAAAAUUAAAAAAAGCAUUAGCUCAAGUUCCUCAAAGAAUAUUAAUGAAAUAUGAAGGAGAAAUGAAAAAUAAACCGAAAAAUGUAAUGACGGCAAAGUGGUUGCCACAACGUGACAUACUCAGUAAGAUUAAAUAUUAAUGUUAUUGAAAUGUAUUUAAAACUUUGUUUUUUUUAUUUGCGUUGUUCAGUGCACCCCAAUACAAAAUUAUUUAUAAGCCACGGUGGUAUAUCUAGUAUAUACGAGACUGUGGAUGCUGGUGUUCCGGUCCUUGGAUUUCCUUUGUUUUACGAUCAGCCCAAAAAUAUCGACAAUUUAGUAAAUGCGGGAAUGGCUAUAUCCAUGGAUAUAGAGUCCGUACGAGAAGACGCAUUUUUAAGAAAUGUAUUAGAACUUGUUAAUAACCCGAAGUAAGUGUUAAGUUAUAGAGACAAAGUAGUAAUUUAUAUUCGAUUAAUCUAAUACCUGCAUACUAUACCUACGUAGAUUUGUAGUGUUAUUGUUUAUUCAGAUAUAUAAUAGAACAGUAAAAGGUUUGGUAUGUAUACAUUUCCCAUUAUACUAUACAGGUACAGUUUUUGUUCACAGGUACGCCAAAAAUGCUAAAAUUACUUCUGAACGAUUCAAAGAUCGACCGAUGUCACCAGAAAAGUCAGUUGCUUAUUGGACGGAUUAUGUUGUUCGGCAUAAGGGUGCCCCUCACUUGAAAUCGCACGCCACUAACCUAACUUGGUAUCAAUAUUUGUUGUUAGAUGUGAUUUCCGUAGUAAUCGUUUUUGUCGUAAUAAUCUUAUUCAUAUUAUAUACAGUUUUAAAAAAUAUACACAGUUAUAUUUUAAAAUAUAAAACCAAAGCGAAACGUGAGUAGUCAGAAUUUCCAUACAUACUGAAAAGAAGAGCGAAUUACUACAAUAUUUUAGAAUAAUUUCUAAGGUAAUGCUCUUUAUUUAUUUACAAAUAUAAACGGACUAGUGUCCUAUUACAUAAUUCGAUAUUGUGGUACAUUGUAUAGGUUACAUUGUUCGUAAUUAAUAAUAUAAUGUAUAAUGUAGGGGAAUUUAAAAUUUGAUUUUUAUUUGAGGGAACAGGGUAAAACGGCAAGGGGCUUCUGUUAUUAAGGCUAUUUAUUCUAAAAUUGAUUAAAGACAAAAACGCCAGUUAACAAUUCGUGUACAAAUUUUGAUAGCAAGAGUGUACAACGUUCUUUUAAUGAGGUAAGAUUAAGGAAGUUUAAAACGACGUUGUGCGAACUGUAAAGAUAUCCAAAAAUAUUAAAUUUAAAAGAAAUAAAUCUUAAAAAAUGAUUUUGAACUGAUUCCAUCAUUAUGUUUUGUUUAAGUGUAAUUAAAUGUAUUCUUAAACAUUAAGUCUAGUCCUUAAAGGUUUACUGUGCU